AUGACAAGCAAUGUGGAAACCUCUACUUUGGAAAAAGAAGAACGUCUUCAACGUAUAAAGGUUGGCGCAUUCUUCGCUACAGUUGCAGGAAUAUCUGCAUUUGUAGGAUUUGGAGCAACACUUUCUACAGUUAAGAAAGCAGACCCAAAGUAUUUUAGCAAAGGACUACAUGGCAACCCGGAACUGGCAGAUGCUGGUGUUAUACUUGCACUAAGAGCACUUGGUUGGGGUACUCUGUAUGCUAUAACUGGCACUACAUGUUUAUGUUAUGGUGUAUGGAAACUUUCUGGAGCUAAAGAUCUGAAAGACUUCAGGCAAAAAAUUGGCAAUAUCUUACCUAUUUUACCCAGGAAUAACCCACCACAAUCUAGAACAGAGUUUAGUGGUCUAAAUGAUUUGAUGACAUAUCUGUCAGAGGAAUAUGGAAAGAACUCAGUAAAGGAUAAAUAA